CCACCAACCCAACCUCUGACGAUCACCAUCGCCGCUAGCCUCCACCACCAACUUCCCAUCGCCUCCCCCUCAUCUCCCCACACUCCUGACCUCACCUCUCCGAACUGCAGCACCUCCCCUCCCGCCACCCACACGUGCUCCCAUGGCCGCCACCGCGAUCUCAGUCCGCCUCCACCCAACCGCCGCGCGCCAUGUGGCCUCCGCCCGCCGCGCCCGCCUCGGGGCCGUCCGCGCGCAGUCCGCGCCGGCGGCGGCGGCGGCGGCGCUGACGCAGGACGACCUCAAGCGGCUGGCGGCGGUGCGCGCCGUCGAGCAGGUGAAGAGCGGGAUGGUGCUCGGGCUCGGGACGGGCUCCACGGCCGCCUUCGCCGUCGCCGAGAUCGGCGCGCUCCUGGCCGCGGGCAAGCUCGAGAAGAUCGUCGGCGUGCCCACAUCCAAGCGCACCUUCGAGCAGGCGCAGUCGCUCGGCAUCCCGCUCUCCACGCUCGACGACAACCCGCUCAUCGACCUCGCCAUCGACGGUGCCGACGAGGUUGACCCUGACCUCAACCUUGUGAAAGGGCGGGGUGGUGCUCUUCUUCGUGAGAAGAUGGUUGAGGCAGCAUCGGACAAGUUUAUUGUUAUUGUUGACGAGACAAAACUAGUUGAUGGGUUAGGAGGUAGUGGUCUAGCCAUGCCAGUGGAAGUUGUGCAGUUCUGCUGGAAGUACAACCUUGUAAGAUUGCAGGAACUGUUUAAGGAGGAAGGAGUCGAGGCAAAGCUAAGGUUUGAAGGCGACAAGCCCUAUGUUACUGACAACUCAAACUACAUCGUCGAUUUAUACUUCAAGACGCCAAUCAAGGAUGCGUUGGCAGCAGGACAGGAAAUUGCAGCUCUGGAAGGAGUUGUUGACCAUGGGUUGUUCUUGAACAUGGCGAGUUCAGUGAUCAUUGCUGGAACGGACGGUGUCAGUGUCAAAACGAAGUGAGUUUUUGAGUUGCUUUGUUGUUUGUGUUGAGUUUUACAAUUUAAUGUACAAGCUAUUGGUGUAAAAGCAGCUGAUAAGAUGCUUCAAUAAAGGUGUUCCCCCAAUGUGGGGAUUGACUAUCACUUAUUGUGGGAUAAAAAAGCCAUUUUAAUAGGUUGAAACUUCUGUUGAUUCAUAAAAA